AUAUGUGACACUAGCUUGUUCGGCUGUCAAUCACUGUGUCCGAGCACUUCCGUCUGACGACCCCUUGAGUUGAUUCGACUUCUCAUCGUCUUGAGCCUGAGCUAUUACUGCAAUCCAAUCAUGACUGAUAUCGUUUGGAGACCCGGGGACCGGAAACCAAGACCGUCUCUGCUGAAAGGUGACGUGUAUAGACCAGAUAUACUACAAAUCAUCGAAAAGACUAUCAACGAGCUCAGUCCAGCGCUCCGGGAGCUCAGUCAAGACAUCCUUGAUCACCCCGAACUGAAGUUCGAAGAAAGGCACGCUCAUGAUGUGUACACUGCGUUUGUGGAGAAACAAGGUUUCGUGGUUCAAAGACAUUACUUGCUAGAAACGGCUUGGGUCGCGACGUAUUCACAUGGCCAAGGCGGCCCCGUCCUCGGUGUAAACUCUGAAAUGGACGCUCUCCCUGGGAUCGGACAUGCAUGUGGACACAAUCUCAUUGGCAUCGCAGGAGUGGCCAUCGCUUGCGCUGCGAAAGCCGCGAUGGAGAAACUGGGCAUUGACGGGAAAGUCAUUUUGUUGGGGACGCCUGGAGAGGAGGGAGGAUAUGGCAAAGUCAAGUUAUGGGAGAAGGGGGCAUAUAAAGAAAUGGAUGUCUGUCUCAUGUGUCAUCCCGCUCCAGGUCCUCCACACUCCGUCAGCUUGAGUAGCUGCUUAGCGGUAGUCCGUCUGCAGGUCGAUUUCGUUGGCCAUACUGCACACGCAGGCUUGAGCCCCUGGGAAGGUCAAAACGCACUGGAUGCUGCCGUCCUUGCCUAUACCAGCAUCGGCCUUCUCCGCCAGCAGACGAAGCCAACACAUCGGAUUCAUGGCAUUUUCCAAGGGAAAGAUUGGGCACCGAAUAUCAUCCCUGAUAACUCUACGAUGUAUUGGUAUGUACGCGCGCCAACGACAAAGGAAGCUCUCGAGACUGCAGAGCGAGUCAAAGCUUGCUUUCAAGCCGCAGCCGUGGCUACCGGAUGUAAAGUGACAAUUGCUAAAGGAUCUGUUGGAAACGAGCUGGUCCAAAAUCCGGUCCUCGGUGCGGAACUCGCAGAUGUCGUUUGCAAAAACUACGGGACGGUCGAUUAUGAGUGGGGUAUUUCGAGCGCGUCAACAGAUUUUGGAAAUAUCUCCUACCCUAUACCAACCGUACCAAAUGGAGGGAAUCAUACACCCGCAUUCACGGAAGCUGCGGGGACGAUCGAAGCUCAUGAGGCAUGUCUUGACAUAUCCAAGGCGCUAGCCGCCGUUGGUAUGCGCGUGUUAACAGACAAUACGUUCCUGUCGAAUGUCAAAUCGGCCUUUGGGACAGCCAAAAUGGCUAGAGGUGAUUAAACAGGGAGAACGAUUGUGGAAGAAUGGAAGAAAUGUCACGCAGCGGCAUAUGUGUAUUACUGACCCGAUUUGGGGUUGUACCUGAACGGAAAAUUUGGAUACAUCGCACAUACCAGACGACUCCAAGUCCACGGCGAAAAUGACGUUCCUUCUCGCCGGUUUGUGAGCACGCGUGAGUGAGCAUGCUAGCACCGCCUAUGCCAACUACACAGCAUCAUACAAUACAUGUCAACUUUUUUGCGUUCCGAAGCCUU